AUGUUAGAGAGGCUGAGGAACGAGAGCAUGCUUGAUCAAAAUCAAAAUAUGGAGACUGUAGGACUAAAAGUGAAGAACCAAAUGCUUGAGCAAUCCAAUGCUUUCAUGAAUGGCGAGACAGGAUUAGGCCGUGAUACAUUGACUGGAGCUAUAUCUGCAUCUGAUGAGUGGUGGACUUUGAAAUUGGAGAGGUAUCCUGAUGUUGCUAAAUUUCGGCGUAUGCCGUUGCAAUUCGCUGACGACUUAGACAUACUAUUCUCAGAUGCAACUGCUACAGGAGAAUGGGCAUACACUCCUAGCUCAGGGGUAAUGCCUCAGACUGAUGAGACGCCGGAGGAAUUUCAUACCCCACAUGAUGUUGAAUUUCAUGAUGAUGCUGAUUUGGAGGUGGUUCAUCCUUCCGAGUUAAACAAAAAACGGUCAGCAAACACUGAUACUUCAUCAACCAAGAGCAAGACAAAGAAGAAAGUUACUGGUGCAGCUUUGCUGAACAAGACACUUGAUCGUAUAGUUAAUGUCGUUGAGUCAUCUUCAGCAACUUCAACACAGACCUCAUCAAGAUAUCCUUCAAUUGCAGAAUGUUUGGCGAAGUUGGAAAGCAUCCCUGGUGUGUCCCCGGAUGAUGAGCUGUAUGUAUGGGCUGCCAGAUUGUUCUUACGAGACAAGCGUCGUGAGUGCUUUAUGAGUCUUCCAACGGAUGAAGUUCGGUUGAGGUUUCUAAAGUUAGAGAUUGAGAUGGAGAAGACCACCACAGGUUAUCACGGCUAG